AUUGGACUUAACUUCGUUUGUGACAUUAGAGUUGUCCUACACCCAAUGCGGACUAGGUAUUAGCUGUGAGGUAUUUUGAAAUGAAGGUCGUUGGUGUCUGGAUGAGUGAUUCUAAAGUAGACAGCAUCGGGCUUAAUACUCUUUUACGCGAGAAGAGAAGUGAUCUUCUAUUUAGAAAGAUCAAUCCGUGUAUUAGUGUAUCGGAACAAGGACCGUUUGACGUAAUCCUUCACAAAAUACCGGAAUUUUUGAGCGGGGAUUCCAGUAAACAGAGUCGAAAAAUUAUAGAAAAUUUUAUCAACUAUGCAAAAAGUAAUCCUCAUGUUCUGUUCAUAGACUCACCAAUAUCACUCAAGUGUUUGUUAACACGUCUUAGUCAGUUUUCUUUGCUCCGAGACAUUGUAGCGAUGUCGGAUAUAAGAAAUGAAAUAUUUGUGCCCAAAUUUUGCCUCUUACCACAAAAAGACCCUACGAAAUUAUGUGACGCUGGUAUUUCUUACCCUAUAGUUUGCAAGUCACUAAUGGCCCAUGGAAAUGACAAUGUACAUAAGAUAGCUAUUGUUUUCAAUGACUCAGGUCUAGAUCAUUUAACAUAUCCCAUAUUUGUACAGCAAUUUAUUAAACAUAAUGGAAAAGUUCUUAAAUUAUUUGUAGUCGGUGAUCAUAGUUGUGUUACUGAAGUUCCUUCCAUCAAAAAUCACGACAAAUCUGCAGAUAGAACUCCAAUAUUUUUUCAUUCACAUAGUGUAUCGAAGGAUGGUUGUCAAUCACCUUUAUCUGAAUUGAGCUCAUUUUCCGAUAAACAAACGACAACCCCAUAUGAUAAGUCCCUAUUCGAUAUGUUGGCACAUGAAGUUCGAAAAACGCUCAAAAUUGAUUUGUUUGGGAUAGAUCUCAUUUGUGCAACCGGAAAUUCCAUAUCUGAUGCUCUCUCGAAAUCAAACAAAUACGCUAUUAUCGAUUUAAAUAUUUUCCCAAGCUACAAGAAUGUGCAUGGGUUCUUAUUUUAUUUAGAGAAUCUAAUCAGGGAAAAACUCUCCUUGCCUUUACUUUCGAAUGAUAGUACCGAUGUCCAGAAAUAACACAAAGUAGUGAUUUUUAUUAUUAUCUCGAAUACCUCGUAGCUGUUCGUAAAAACUGAAACUUACUUAUUUUUAUAGAACUUUUGUGAAACUAUUUUGAUUUCUUAAACAAUGGUUUAUAUUGUUUUUCCUUUAUUACUACGGUCAGGUUUUUCUAUUCUUUUGCAAUAUACUUACGCUUCCGUUAGCAUUGUUUGAUUGUACUACUGAUAAGCAGUACGCGUUAUAUUUAUGUUAAUCGCUACGAAUAAUAUAAAUUGGAACGAGUCCUCCAAUUUCUUAGUACAUCGUCUAGACUAAAAAUAUUGUAACUAACUCUCACCGAAAUGUAAUCGAUCGUGAGAUGUAAACAUCAUGCUCAAAAAGAAACUAGUCACAGCUAUAUUGAACUAAAUAGUGUUAUAACGAACAAAGACAAGUUUUUAUUUGUUUGAUUCAAUUUACACACUGAAAUGAUUCAAAAUAAUUGCCUCGAGUGUAAUCUGAACAUCGAUGAAUCAAUAUAAAUUCUACCACGCGCACAAUUACAUCCCAGUUAAACUCGACAAUUAUUAUAACUCAGUGGUGAGAGGAAAAACGAAGACCCAGUUUGUACUGCCUCAAAUUGUAGUCUUAAACGGUAUGAUUUUCUUCCUCUAAAAAGUCCUGUUACUUAACUUAUUUGGUACGACAUGUAAGAGGCAA